AUGUCAUCAGAAGACAAGUACGACACGUUGGAGAAGAUUGGCCAUGGUUCCUUUGGCGUGAUUCGCAAAGUCCGUCGCAAGGCGGACGGCUUCAUCAUGUGCCGCAAGGAAAUCUCGUACCUCCGCAUGUCGCAGAAGGAGCGGGAGCAGCUCCAUGCCGAGUUCCAGAUCCUCUCCCACCUGCGGCACCCCAACAUUGUGGCCUACUACCACCGCGAACACCUCAAGGCCAGCCAGGACCUUCACCUCUACAUGGAGUACUGCGGAAACGGCGACCUCGGGCGCGUCAUCAAGGACCUGCAGCUCAAGGGUCAGCGAGCCCAGGAGAGCUUUGUUUGGAGCAUCUUCAGCCAGCUGGUCAUGGCCCUGUACCGAUGCCAUUACGGUGUCGACCCGCCAGACGCCGGUGCCAGUCCUUUGGCCUUGACGCAGGCAAGCGCCUGCAGCACGCCCAAGACUCCUGCCGGAGCCAUGACGAUUCUUCAUCGCGACUUGAAGCCGGAGAACGUGUUUCUCGGCGAGGAUAAUUCCGUCAAACUCGGCGACUUUGGCUUGUCCAAAAUGAUCAAGUCGCAGGACUUCGCGUCCACCUACGUCGGCACACCCUUCUACAUGUCUCCCGAGAUUUGCGCCGCCGAAAAGUAUACGCUCAAGUCGGAUAUCUGGUCACUAGGAUGCAUCAUCUAUGAGCUCUGCUCGAGGGAGCCGCCAUUCAACGCAAAGACGCACUACCAGCUCGUCCAGAAGAUCAAGGAGGGAAAGGUCUCGACCUUGCCCGACAUGUACUCGCCGGAGCUGAACCAAGUCAUUCGGGACUGCCUCAAGGUCAAUCCCGACAGACGGCCAGACACGGUGCAGCUGCUCAACUUGCCCCUGGUUAAGCUGAUGCGGAGAGAGAAGGAAGUGGUCGACCUGGGCAGGUCAUUGUGCGCCAAGGAGGACCUGCUCCGUAGGAGGGAGAAGGAGCUCAACGAGAGGCUAGCCCGUCUCGACAGAGAGCGUGAGAUGAUGCGCGAGGAGAUUGACAGCUCCCUCCGCAGGGAAUGGGAAGUCAAGGCACGCCUCGAAAUUGACCGCCUGGCCAACCUGGAGAUUGAGCAGCUGCAGAAGCGGUUCGAGGAGGAGAUUAGAACGCGCGUGGAAGCAGAGGUGCAGAGACACAGACUGCUUGCCGUCGUCAAGCCGGAGACUGUGUCGGCCGACGACGACGACGACGACGACGACGCCGCCGCGGCUAAACCAGACUGCUCCCGGUCUUCUGUCGGUGGAAGCAGCAGCGACGAGCUGCCCCCGUUGGUCGCCGACCUGAUCGAGUACUCCCUCGACAGCCCGGACGUGUCCAAAGAAGCCAAGCAACAGCAGCAGCAGCAGCAGCAGCAGCAGCAGCAGCAACAACGAGCGGCACGCACGCCGUUUGGUCGAGCGCAGACCAUGUUUGCCGGCCACGCCGCCGGUACGCCCAUGGACGUCGAGAUGGCGUCGCCCAGCCCAAUGGCCAUAGCCAACCUUUCGCUCUCGCCGCGCCGAAACGGGGCGACCAAGGCUCCCACCACGCACAGCGGCAACAUCUUUACUGCCAAUGCCAAUGCCAAUGCCAAUGCCAACAAGGUCCCGGCAGACGGUCGAUGGGAUCUGCGCGAGCCACUGACAAUCGACUCGGACGACGACGACAUUGUUCCCUCGCCCACCAGAAACGUCCGGUCAGCCAAGAACCCCUUCACGUCCAAGAACCGGCCGGUGCUCACGUCGCAGAAAUCCUGCCCCCUCAACCGCCUCAGGCCCCAGUCCUGCAACCCUGGACUGGUUUCCAAGCAAGCUCUCUCCGCCCACCAGCCGGACCCAAGGCCGCGGUCGCCGACGCGCCAGAUCAGCAAGAUUCCGUCCAUGGCCAGUCUGCAAGCCGACGCGGGCGCCGGCGGCCUGGCGCGCAAACAAUCCGCCAAGAAGGAGAAUGCCGGGGCGGAGGGCCUGAACAAGCUGGCUGCCAAGAACACCAUCAAGGGCAGGACGCUCGUCGAACUGCAACAGGCCCGAGCGGGAGGACGACCGGUGAGCGCCACCGCCGCCGGAGGGCAUGCCCUCGAGAACAUCAGCCCUAAGCGGGCGGCAUUCAAGGAGCGGAUGGUCGGCGAGCUCAGAGAAAGCGGCGGAAGCACCACGAGCGGCGGCGGCGGCGGCGGCGGCAGCAGCGGCAGCACCAGCAGUGGCGGCAGCACCAGCAGCAGCGAGUCUGUUGCUGUGUGGGACCCGGAGCGAGACGAGAUGCCGAGCCCUUUUCUCGUGAGGCAAAGGCGGGUGUAG